UCUCAGCGACGGGGGUUGGUUGAGAGUCCGCGCGGUGGAGAAGGAACAACAGAACUGACAGGCAGCAGCGCGACUCCAGUCACAUCAAGGGGAAGAUGGAGAAACACAGAGAAGCCGCGGAUUUCAACAUUUUGCUAGCUACCGACUCCUACAAGGUCACACAUUAUAAACAGUACCCACCCAACACUAGUAAGGUGUACUCUUACUUUGAGUGCCGUGAGAAGAAGACAGACUCGACCAAGCCCCGAAAAGUCAAAUACGACAAGACGGUCUUCUAUGGGCUUCAGUACAUUCUCCACAAAUACUUAAAAGGACAGGUCAUCACACCAGAGAAGAUUCAGGAAGCUAAAGAGGUGUACCGGGAACACUUUCAGGAUGAUGUUUUCAAUGAAAAGGGAUGGAAUUACAUUUUGGAGAAAUACAACGGUCACCUUCCCAUCGAGAUUAAGGCUGUGCCAGAGGGAAGCGUCAUCCCACGGGGAAAUGUGCUCUUUACUGUGGAAAACACAGAUCCGGAGUGUUACUGGCUCACUAAUUGGGUAGAGACUUGCCUGGUUCAGAUCUGGUAUCCCAUCACCGUCGCCACAAACUCGAGGGAACAGAAGAAGAUUCUGGCCAAAUAUCUCAUGGAAACGUCGGGAAGCCUGGAAGGACUGGAGUAUAAACUGCAUGACUUUGGUUACAGAGGGGUUUCAUCGCAAGAGACGGCUGGUAUCGGCGCAUCUGCACACUUGGUGAACUUUAAAGGAACGGAUACGGUGGCCGGGAUCGGGGUCAUCAAGAAAUACUACGGCACCAAAGACCCGGUUCCUGGCUUCUCAGUACCAGCUGCAGAACACAGCACAAUCACUGCCUGGGGAAAGGACCAUGAGAAAGACGCUUUUGAGCACAUCAUCAAGCAGUUCCCGUCGGUGCCCGUGUCCAUCGUCAGCGACAGCUACGACAUCUACAACGCCUGUGAGAAGAUCUGGGGUGAAGACCUGCGGAGUCUGAUCGAGAUGAGGAGCGCAGAUGCCCCGCUGGUGGUGCGGCCCGAUUCUGGAAAUCCUCUCGACACCGUGCUCAAGGUCCUGGAGAUUUUAGGCAAGAAGUUUCCUCCAGAGGAGAACUCUAAAGGCUAUAAGGUGCUUCCGCCGUACAUUCGGGUCAUUCAGGGUGACGGUGUGGACAUCAACACCCUACAGGAGAUCGUGGAGGGCAUGAAGGAGCACAGAUGGAGCAUCGAGAACAUUGCGUUUGGCUCAGGAGGAGCUUUACUGCAGAAACUGACCCGAGAUCUGCUCAACUGCUCUUUUAAGUGCAGUUAUGUGGUGACGAACGGACUGGGCGUAAACGUCUUCAAGGACCCUGUGGCAGACCCCAAUAAACGGUCAAAGAAGGGUCGUCUUUCUCUUCACAGGACGCCGAGUGGAGAUUUCGUGACUCUGGAAGAGGGAAAAGGAGAUCUGGAGGAAUACGGAGAGGACCUGCUGCACACCGUGUUCAGGAACGGCAAGAUUGUAAAGACGUACACCUUCGAUGAGGUGAGAGACAAUGCCAAGCUGAAGGAGAGCGAAGUGCAGGAUCUGCUGCUCUGAGAGUUUUUCCCCCAUCGUCCUUUGCUCCGCCGACAGACGUGAGGACACACGGUUUCUGUCCCCUGACUCGCUACGCUUCACUGUCUCUUUCUAAUGCGGACGAGAGCUGUUAUCGUGCUAUUUAAAUCAUUUAACCCAGCGUCAAAAUGCACACGUCUUUGCAGGAAUGGAGACGUUUAUGUGUGUGUAAAAACGGCCAGGAGUUUUGGCUUUGCUUGACUGUAGGACUGAAAGCUAAUCGUCCAGUGUUUGUCGAAUGUGAAUGUCGUGUGUAGAGUUUUUCACUUUAUCAGAGGAUUAAUCUAUUCCUUUAUGCAAAGAGGACGGCUGAGAUAGAGCGAUCACUUUCCUUUCGCCGGCCUUGUGUUUAUUUGAGGACGAUUCUAGCUUUAUUUUUAAAUCGCAAGACUGUGUUUAGCUUAUAUUUCAUCCUAAAAUCUAAAUAGAGGGACAAUUCAGUUUGCAUGAAGAAAAUGAAUCAUAUAUUGUUUAGUAUUUCUGACAUUUAGGCACAUUUCGACAGCAAAUUAUCAUGUCACACUUCCAUCUACAUGGUUACUUUUCUUUAAUUCUUAAAGGGGACCUAUUUAGCAAAAAUCACUUUUAUAUGGGGUUUAAACACAGUUAUGUGGCAACAUACCAUGAAUAUAACCAGCUUCUAUUGGUAGCCAUUUAUU